CAGAAAUGCAACCGCCAAUAAAUUCAUUUUGGGUGGGAAAUUCUUCCCGCAGCUAGCUCUGCAUCCUCAAGACCCCCGAAUCCGCCGGCGAAAAUCUCCGGAGGUUCGAGCAGCUCCCGUUGACCCUCACAACACAGCCGGAGAUGGCGGAGAAUAGCUUCAAUUUCCACCACACUCUCCACCACCACGGAAGCAGGUACUCAACUAAAAUUCUAACUAGUAUUUCAUUUCCGGCUUCCGCGUGUCCUUGAAUGCUCGUUUUUCUCCGAGACUUGAUUUGAAACCUUCUUCCGACAAAAGUGAACGGAAACUCGGUCCUGGAUUGGGUGGAUGAGCAAUGAGUGAGUCGGAGCCGAGUCUGGAUUUCUCACCUCAGGAAAAUAAAAUCACCGAUUGAUUGUUUUUUUCUUUUUCUUUUUUCCCCUUCUCUUCUUUCUUUCCGAUUCUUCGUUUUUUGCUUCGCGUUAAAUGGAUGUCCUGCGAUUGCAAAGUUAUAUAUGGAAGAAAAUGAGGUUCUUUGUGUUCUAGGGAGGGAGUUUGGUAUUAUUAGUACCAUUGUUUCUACAACGAAUGAAGUAGUGAGAAAUGAAUUAAGGGAGAGUUAUGGGCUUUCGAAUGCGGAAAUUUGCAUGUGAAGUAUGUUGUUGUCCUUGUUGAGUAGGCGCUCGUUCGAGGUUGAGUCCAGGGAUUCUUAUGGAUUUGUCUUGAGACCUCAACAAUUACAACGAUACGGAGAAUACAUCCAUAUCUAUAAGGAGGAGGAGGAGGAGAGGUCACAGAAAUGGAAGAUCUUCCUUGAACAGCAAGAAAAUUUGGAUCAACCUGAAGAACAAGCAGCAAAUCAAGAGGUCUUGCAGGUUGAGACCACUACUGAGUCUAGAGAAGAGGCUGGUUCAGAGGGAAGAAGGGAUAAUGAUGAUGCGAGUGUGAGCAGCUCUCAUUCUAAUACUCCAAAGGAGCAAAACCGCUCAGAGGAAUCGACAGAAGAGAGACCUCAAGAGGAGGUGCAAUGUGUGGAGGGACCUCGAAAGGAGAUAUUAUAUGUUGAGGAUCCUGAGGUAAAGGUGCAGAAAACGAAGGAAGAGCCAGUGAAGUUGCCUGAAGAGGAGGUGCAACCAUCGGAACCCUCGGGAGUACCAUCAAAAACACCGGAAGAGUUGCAUGUUUCCGAGGAAGGUGAAAAGAAGGAUCUUUCAAAAACAUCAAAGGCUGGUAAAGUUCCCAAUUGGGGUCAAAUUAGACCUUCCCUAAAGGUUAUAGAGAGGCUAAUGAGUUCACGUGUUCACGAGCAACAUCAUGUAAAAGACAAGAAGAGUGAUAGAAAUGGAGGAGACCAACUUCCUGUUAUAGAAGAAGAUGGCUCCGUAGAAGAAGAACCAGAUGAUGGUGUUGAGGAGGAGUCAAAUGUUAAGGAUCAUGUGGAUGACAAGGUUAAUGAGGGCAGAGAUGAAAGGAAAGUAGAGGAUGAGCCUUCUUUAGAACCAUUCCUCCAUUGGAAUCAGGAGCUUGAGUUCCUUGUCCAUGGAGGAGUGCCAAAAGAUCUCAGGGGAGAGGUAUGGCAAGCCUUUGUCGGUGCAAAAGCGCGUAGGAUUGAAAAGUAUUAUGAAGAUUUGCUUGCAGAAGAAGCAAAUGCUGACGAAAGCAACGAUGAUAACAAUACAGGUGUACCCCAGAAGUGGAGAAAGCAGAUUGAAAAGGACAUACCAAGAACAUUUCCUGGUCAUCCAGCUUUGGAUGAGCAUGGUAGGGAUUCCUUGAGGCGGAUACUUACAGCGUAUGCUCGGCAUAAUCCUUCUGUUGGAUACUGUCAGGCAAUGAAUUAUUUUGCGGGCUUGUUGCUAUUGCUGAUGCCAGAGGAAAAUGCGUUUUGGACUUUUGUGGGAAUUAUUGAUGACUAUUUUGAUGGCUACUAUACCGAAGAAAUGAUUGAAUCACAGGUGGACCAGCUCGUUUUUGAAGAGCUGAUGCAUGAAAUUUUUCCUAGAUUAGUUAGUCAUCUCGAAUUCAUGGGAGUGCAGGUUGCAUGGGUUUCUGGACCUUGGUUUCUUUCUAUUUUCAUAAACAUGCUUCCUUGGGAAAGUGUUCUGCGAAUUUGGGAUGUUCUUCUAUUUGAAGGAAACCGUGUGAUGUUGUUCCGGACAGCAUUUGCUCUCAUGGAGCUAUAUGGUCCUGCGUUGCUUACAACUAAAGAUGCUGGGGAUGCAGUUACUUUAUUGCAGUCCCUAGCAGGAUCAACAUUUGACAGCAGCCAGCUUGUUUUGACUGCUUGUGUUGGGUUUUUGGCCAUAACUGAAGCUAGAUUGGUAGAGCUGAGAGAUAAACACAGAGUAUCAGUUUUAGAAGCAAUGGAGGAAAGGUCAAGACAGGGUAAAGUUUGGAAGGAUUCAAAAAGUCUUGCAACAAAGCUCUACAGUUUCAAACACGACAAAGGGCGUGAUGGAAGAAGCAGUGAAGGAGACAAUUCUCUGUCGGGAUCUGCUUCCACUUUUGAUGAUUUUUUAUGUGGCUUAUCUUCCGACGCAGAACUGGAUUGUCUGCCAGAUCUUCAAGAUCAGGUGGUUUGGCUGAAGGUUGAGCUGUGCAGAUUGUUGGAAGAGAAAAGAUCCGCCAUACUAAGAGCUGAAGAGUUGGAGACAGCACUCAUGGAGAUGGUCAAACAAGACAAUCGGCGGGAAUUGAGUGCAAAGAUUGAGAAGCUGGAGCAGGAGAUGUAUGGGCUGCGAAGAACCCUGGCUGAGAAGAAAGAGCAAGAAGCUGCAAUGCUCGAGGUACUGAUGCGCGUCGAGCAAGAACAAAAGAUAACCGAAGAAGCCCGUGUCAUUGCUGAGAAAGAAGCAGCUGCUCAGAGACGUGAAUUCGAUUCACUUCGGGAGAAAUAUGACAAGGCCAUGGGAUUAAUAGCUCAAAUGGAGAAGCGGGUGGUGAUGGCGGAGUCAAUGUUGGAGGCUACAGCGCAGUACCAAUCUGGCCAGACUAAAGCACAGGCUGUUCGCAACCAGAGCACGACAGGGGAAAACACUGGCAGAGGAAUUGGUCGCUUGACGUUUGGACUCGGCUGGCGUGACAAAGGCAAGGGGAGGCCGGAGGCCGGCGACGGCAACGGCAACACCGGCGGCGCAGCAGAUACUUAGCCAGCGGUGGUGGAAUCGGUUAUAUGCAAAUGCAACUAACUGCCUCACUUCCAUUCUCAGGCUCAACCAACCGAUAGGGGCUUUCCUCUUCUGAUCAAUGCAUUCAGUAGUUCUAGAUUCCCCAUACGUGAAUUACAAGUUUUGUUUUGGUCUUUGAGAAUGUAAAUUAUUUUUGACCUGGCUGGCUACUACUUGUAAACUAACAACUUCGUUUUCUAAUUCCAGCAUGCCGUUCUUUUUGUAUCACAGAAGA